UCCUCGUGUUUUAUAAAACAGUGUGCUCCAGUCAGAUUGGGGCAAGUCAUAAAGAGCAAUAAGGCUGUAUGUUGCUCAGGUCUUGAGGAAGACAGAAGAAGAGAUGUUGUGCACAGCGCGCGCCUUGCUGAGGAUCAGGUGCUACAUGCGUUUAUAUGGAAACGAAAGUGAAAGCAGUUUAUUUUCAUGGCGGUUUGUUGGCUCUCCGGCUGCAGAUCUUUGAAACUGGGUCUAUAAUGAUUACUGCUGUUGGUGGAUUUUUCCUUGUUUUCUGGUUUUCAGGUGUAUAUGGAACUCAGAGGUUAUAUGAUGUCCAGUGGCUGCCAUGUUUAUUUCUGGAUGAGACAGAACAAAUAAAUGAUGAGGGUCAUAAAGAAAUUAAGUUUCACCAUCGAAGUGCAGGACUGCAGUUUGGGAAUUCAGGAGACAGUCCUAUAAACCCCAAUGCUAUCACUUUCCUUGUCACACCAUCAAAGGUGGAUAUGACGCAUUAUGUGGAAGGUGACAAGGACUCGCUGCAAUGUGAGAUCCAGAGAUAUAACACUAAAGGGAUUGUAAUGCGUUGGCCUGGUUUUGGUGCACAGGAACAUGAUGUCUGGUUCACAUGUACUCUCCGUCAUGAUCAGGGCUUGUUUCACCUCACCACCUUUCUCAGACACACACCUGCACAGGAAGGCAUUCAGAAGAUUGAAAUUGGAGACAGAGAGCUUUUGAGCUCUACAGCUACGAUGGUUGUCCUGACACGCACACCUGUAAUUCAUGUGGGCCUCACGAAGGAGCAGACCCUGCACUGUCAGUUUGCUGUGGACCACAGGCAGGCAAAUGUGACAGUGGAGUGGAUCCUACAACGGCGUGGUGAGCGCACCAAACUCUUCAGCUACUCGAGCCGCACAGGCAAGCAUGAAGGCAGCGGAGUGUCUGUGAAAACUCUUGCAGCAGGAGAUGCCUCUCUGAAAAUACCACUCACUAAGCAGACAAGCGAGGGCACAUACACAUGUUCGGUGUUCAUCCCACCUCUCCACUACAACAGUGAAAUUGUUCUCAACAUUCAAGAACCACCGCGUGUAACAAUGAACGUGGGAUCAACCUUGUCUUUAACCCUGGGUGAGGAGAGGAAGGUGGUGUGUGACACUCAGGGUUACUACCCACUCGAUGUGACCAUUGACUGGCUGCGAGAGUCUGUGGAAUCUGGCCUCCUGCCUGAGGUUAUGAAAAACGUUCUGUACUCCAGCCACCGCCACAAUCAGGAUGGUACAUACUCGCUCUCAGCCUUCUUCCUGCUCAGUCCUGACCUUGAGGAUUCUGGGUACAAGUACACAUGCCGUGUGCAACAUCAGUCUCUGCGCACACCGAUCCGCAAGAGUUUCACGCUCAUUGUCACAGAGCAAGACUCCACACUGUGGUACCUCUCAGUGUUUGUAUUCAUAAUGGUCAUGAUAGGAAUUCUCAUAUGGCUGGUGCCUCAGAUUAUUGCUGCAAGAAGACGAAAGAAGAGGUUCUGAGAGCCCAUGCCAAAGGAAUUAUAUCUCUACUCCAUGGAGACAGACGACACCAUAUCCCUCUCUCUACCUCUUCCUCCUCCCCACCCCUUCCACCUCCCCUGCUGUACCUUCUGCAUCGCUGGAAAAGCUAAGAGGCUCUUGUGAACUACAGUGUCUGAUCUUAUGGUUUAUGAGGCUAUUUACACUCAAAUUGCUUUGACUACCUGAAUACUUCAAAGUACCUACUGUAAAGUACCUAAAAUACCCAAAGUACCUUAAGUACCGAAAGUACCUUAGGAACCGAAAGCACCCAAAGUGCCAAAAAGUACUGAAAGUACCAUAAGCACCCAAAGUACUGAAAGUACCUUGAGUGCCCAAAGUACCAAGUACUUUAAGUGCCCUAAGUACCCAAAGUACCCAAGUACCUAAAGUACCUUGAGCACUCUAAGUACUGAAAGUACUGAAAGCAUCCUAAGUACCGAAAGUGCCUUGAGUGCCCAAAGUACCGAAAGUACCUUGAGCACCCAAAGUACUGAAAGUACCUUAAGUGCCAAAAAGUACCUGAAGUACCCGAAGUACCAAAAGUACCCUAGGCACCAAAAGCACCCAAAUUACCGGAAGUACCCAAUGUACCGGAAGUACCCAAAGUAUCGAAAGUGCUUUAAGUACUGAAAGUACCUUAUGUACCUUAAGUACUUUAUGUACUUUGAGUAUUUUGGGUACUAAUGGAGCCAUUUGUGUGGAAUAACAAAGUCUUCUGAAGCAAAUUGCAUGACAGUUGGCAAGAUGAUGCAAGUAAGUACAUUCACAUAGUGAUAAAUAAUAAAAUACUGAUAAUUAGAAGAGAAAAUGGGAAUACUUUGUUUUUGUUUCUGAUGGCUCUGGCUCUGGCCAUCGUUAAAAAUACUGCAUAAUUAAACAGUUUAUGAAUCAAGUUUUGUUUAAGAUAGUCAAAUUAUUCAGCUGUUGGACCUUAAAUUGUUGUUAUUAAUAAUAUUCAUAAAUGAUGAUAAUAAUGAUUCAUAAAUAAAAAAUAAUAAUAACUGUAAA